CUCUUGCGCGUAAGCAUACAUUCGUAGCGUAAGUUGGAUUCGUCGGUAUGGUAGGUUUCCUAACCUGAGUGAUCGUCAAACUUUAAUUAUCUUAUUUCGCGGUGCAGAGCGACUUUUUCUGUAUUAGAUUUGUUCGUUUCGUGCAAAAACACGCCGAUUGAGUAUAAUUUCGUCGAUUUUUAUUAAAGAUGUCCGGAAACAAGUGUCGUAAUUGUGGCUCUACCAACAUUGAGACUGAUCCAGGACGUGGAGACGCGAUCUGUAUAGAAUGUGGUUUAGUACUAGAAGAUUCAGUUAUUAUUAGUCAAACAACUUUUGAGGAAUCAUCCUCUGGUAAAGUAACGGUACUCGGACAAUUUGUUGCAAAUGAUAGCACAGGUGGUGCUACAAAUUUUGGUGCUCCAUAUUAUGGUAGUGGAAAAGAAUCUAGAGGAAUUACUAUACAGAAUGCACGGAAAGGUAUAACACAUCUGUGUCUACAAUUAGGCUUGAAUCAAAAUUGCAUCGAUACAUCUGUCAAUUUUUAUAAAAUGGCUUUGAAUCGUCAUUUGACGCGUGGAAGAAAACAAGCUCACAACCAGGCUGCUUGCGUAUACAUUACCUGCCGUAUUGAAAGAACCGAACAUAUGCUCAUCGAUAUCAGUGAUAUUCUUCAUAUUUGUGUUCAUGAACUCGGACGGACAUAUCUGCGAUUUACCCAUGCCCUAUGUCUCAACAUACCAGCAGUGGAUCCUUGCUUAUACAUUUUGAGGUUUGCACAUAAGCUUGAGUUUGGUGAUAAAAUUCAUGCUGUAUCUAUGACAGCUUUGAGAGUCGUUCAACGAAUGAAAAGGGAUAGUAUUCAUAGUGGUCGUAGGCCAUCCGGUCUAUGUGGUGCAGCUUUAUUAAUAGCUGCACGUUUACAUGAAUUCAACCGAUCAACUGCAGACAUAAUAAAAAUUGUUAAGGUCCACGAAUCAACGCUACGUAAAAGAUUGAUGGAAUUUGGUGAUACGCCGUCUAGUGCUUUGACAUUAGAUGAAUUUAUGACAGUGGAUUUAGAAGAAGAACAGGAUCCUCCAGCAUUUAAAGCUGCACGUAAAAAGGAUAGAGAACGUUUACAAAGAUUAGAAAACAUAGAUAUGGAAAUAAGUGAGCUGCAAGCAGAAAUUGAUAGACAAUUAGAAGAUUAUAGAUUAGGGAAAAUAAAAAAAAGAAAAGAUGCAACUUCUAUAGAGAGCGAGGAUGCAGAUAGAUUUAUUCGGGAAAGUAAUUUGAGCAUAAUUCAACAAUAUGUUGAGGACAAUAUCGAUGAUCCCGAUGAAAAAGUUCGAGAUGUUAUUUUACAUGAUAAUAAUAGAUCACUUAUAACUGGAUUAGGUCCAGAUAUAGCAUCUAUGAUGUCUGCAAAUGAUUAUUCCAACGAAACCAAAGAGAAAGAUGGUAAUUUCGAAAAUUCUUCUGAAGAAAUUUGUACGAAUGACAUCGACGAUGAGGAAUUAAACAGCUAUAUUCUUUCGGAAAAAGAAUCACAAUCUAAAUCUGCUCUUUGGAAUAAAGUAAACGCUGAGUAUCUUGUCCAACAAAAAGAAAAAGAAGAGAAACGUUUAAAAGAAAAAGAAGAAGGUAAACCUGAAAAAAAAAGAAGAAGAACUUCCAAAAAACAUAAAAUGCCUGCAAAUACUGCAGGUGAAGCAAUUGAAAAAAUGCUGCAGGAAAAAAAAAUAUCGUCCAAAAUUAAUUAUGAAGUAUUGAAAAAUUUGAAUAGUCAACAACAAAACAAUCAGGAGUUACCUGUCACAAAUACAUCGGAGUUAGAUACGCUAAGUUUUAAGAAACCGGUAACGGUUAAUUCUACAUUAAAGUCUGUGGAGGGUUCCUUAAAGAAAUAUUAUUCUUUUAAACCAAAUACUCAACAAUUGAAAGGACCAUUGGAUAAAGUAUUAGAUAAAGGAUCAAGAAAAGAGACUGAAUUUACAAAGAAGGAAAGCAGUUUAAUGGAAAUGGGUACUCCUGCAGUGGACAUUUCUGAAGCAUAUGAUAAUGAUGAUUACUUUGACGAAGAGGAGCCUGAUGUUACGGAAAUGUCACUAGGACAGAUGCUUGAAUCUCACGCGACAUCCGAGAGCGAAUUUUGUGAUGAUGGCUAUGAAUACGAAUAAAAACUGAAAUUAGAAAAAAAUUAAAUACAGUAUUUAUAGAAAUUUUUUAAUUUUAAUAUUUAUUAUUAUUAUAGAAGUAGAGUUAGUAGAAAAACGUUAUUGUGAAAAUGAUUCAUACCUUUUUAUAAUGAUUGUUAUAAUAAUACGGUCGUAAUAAUAUAGUCGUUUACCUGCA